AUGCCGAAAAGCAUAAACAGUGAUCUGGUUGACGGGGGUCUGUGCCCAACGGGGACUAGCAGCGCGCGCAACGACGGCCUGAGUACUCAAGAUGACUGCGAUUCUAGAGAAGGCUACCACCCUUCUUCUAUUAGCGCUCGCAACGACUCGUAUACUCAAAAUUCUAAUGAUUGUGAUUCUGGAGAAGGCUACCUCCCCUUUUCAUCUAUAAAUUCAAACCUCGAUCGCAAAAAUUCUAGAAGCCACCACCCCUCUUUUAUCAACUCAAACCUCGAUCGCGAUUCUAAAGGCCACUACCCCUCUUCUAUCAACUCAAACUUCGAUUGCAAAGAUUCUAGAAGCUACCAUCGCUCUUCUUCUAUCAACUCAAACAACGAUAAUAAUUCGAUUCUUCCUCAAUACCCUCCUCCAGUCUACGACAUGUCACCAAUACCUUUACUACGUCUAUUCCGCCGAACCCCAGCCGCAACCCCAGCAGCUGCAGCAGUAGCAGCCGCCGAUCCACCCGCAACUACAAUAGCCGAUCUAUCCGAAGUUGUAGUAGCUAAUCCACCCGCAAAUCAACCAGCUGCAGUUGCACACCAGCCAGUUGCACAUCAAGCCGGUGUCACUAUCCAUGCCUCUAGGGGUUGCUGCAAUAAUGUCGUCCAUAUGGAGCCAACUACUCUCGCCGUCAUUAUCACUUGUGCCAUUGGUGUUCUGGGACCUGUGAUUUACUUUUUCGCUCGGAAAUAAUACUACGAUAUGAUCUUCUCGAGAUUCUCUUCUCUUAGUAUUUAAUUGCUAAACUCGAUUUCGACUAACAAAUGGUUUUCUUUAUUGAUGGGGGUUUAGAGGUUUGUCUAUAGGCGCUUUAGAGGAGUUCUUAAGGAGUCACGACCGGCGGCUUUGAAGCAUUGGGAUUGGUUU